UGGGCAGUACCGGAAGCUGCAGGCGGAGCUGGGCAGGAGAGAGGUAUAGGGUCUGCGUGGAAAAGCCCCGGGUUAGGAACCGCAGGCAUGCUGCGUCCCAAGGCUUUGACCCAGGUGCUAAGCCAGGCCAACACUGGAGGUGUCCAGAGCACCUUGCUGCUGAAUAACGAGGGAUCUCUGCUGGCCUACUCUGGUUACGGGGAUACCGACGCCCGGGUCACCGCAGCCAUCGCCAGUAACAUCUGGGCCGCUUACGACCGAAACGGGAACCAAGCGUUUAAUGAAGACAAUCUCAAAUUCAUCCUAAUGGACUGCAUGGAGGGCCGUGUAGCCAUCACUCGAGUGGCCAACCUUCUGCUGUGUAUGUAUGCCAAGGAGACUGUUGGCUUCGGAAUGCUCAAGGCAAAGGCCCAGGCCUUGGUGCAGUACCUGGAGGAGCCCCUCACCCAAGUAGCAGCAUCAUAAUGGGCGUUGGUGGAAGUAGGGGGUCAGACCAGAGAGGCGACCAUUUGGAGGGGCAAGACCCCCUGAGGAAACCUUCCUGGACUAUGGGGGAGGGUGGGACUUUGUUCAUUUCCAAGAAUAAAUUUCAUUUCUGUCUUA